CGAAUCGUUUUCGAGAUGCUCCAUUUGAAAUUCAGAUAACCGCCAUUAAUGUGAUGAUACAGUAGCUUGCAUGAAGCAAUGGACUUGAGGCAGAGGGCACAUUGGAGAGAUCAGUUAUUAAGGAGUGUGCAUGUGUGCAUCCAUUCUAUCCUUCAUCAUGGCAUUUUUGGCUUCUCUUCUGUCUAGCGUCAUGCUGAUAGAUUGUGAUCUAGGCUUUCAUAAUUCCUGUGUGGAGGACGGCGUUGAAAACAAAUCCCCGAAAUCAUGAAUAGCUUUUCGAAAUGGUGUUCAAUAUCCGUGCGUAGGGCACCGCUUUGCAGAUCCACAAUGAAAUUCUGCUAUGAUUCUAUCCCAUGGUCUCGAAAAUGACUUCUGCUUGCUACUUGGUUUUUGGAGAUUCAUCAAAGGCACUGUAGCAGUAGUAUAUCAAGCACGAACGUUAUCGUUAUACAUCCAUCAAUGCAUCAGGCUCGCCACUCACUGACACCAAUAUCAAUUAAUCCCUUGAAUAUGACCGUAGUCAUAAAUGAUCCCAGUGUGUGGGCGCUCAUCAACUACAAUCGUAUUGUCAGCUAUUUCAUAGUUGCAGCUUCUACUGCGGUGGCAUACGAUUCGGCCUUGAUAUUCGGACAAGAGUUUGAACUGGUCUGGAGGCAACGCUGGUCCCUCAUGACCGUGGUAUAUCUCAGCCUGCGCUUCGCUGGAGCAUUAUACUCUGUCAUGAACCUUCUAUCGAGUCUCCCAUCAUUCUCGAUGACCGAUACAGUGAGCACGUUUAUUGCUUUUUCACAAUUAUGGGUGGCUUUUGUCGCAAAUGGCCUGUUGAACGUGGUCAUCGUCGCUCGGUUACAUGCCAUGUAUCAGCAAUCCAGAAAAAUGCUCACCUUCCUCGUUACAAGCUUUCUGGUGAUUAUGAUCGCCUGCGGACUGAUCAUUGUGAUACAAGAAAGUAGCUAUAUGUCAGGAGAGGAGGUCAUGCUCUCCGGAACGUAUCUAUGCAAUGUUACUGGACCAGCCCGCGUUCUGACACCCGUGUCUUGGAUACUCGCCACUGUAUGGGAGCUCCUAGCACUGUUUCUUGUAGUCUGGAUCGUGGUCAAACAAAUUCGUGAACUCAAACGAUGGACCAUCGAGGGCCGUCUCUCGGCGCUAGUGAAAACCCAGAUGCUAUACUUUGCCGCGUUCAUUGCUGCUGCUUGCUUGACCAUCGGCUUGUUCUCUCCCAAUAUAUCUAACUCAUAUUCUGCGGGGACCGAGAUUUAUGCUGGCGCUCUUGAAAUCCUCCAGAUCCUGCAGAUAUGUGUACUGGGACCACGCCUCGUCCUGAAUGUUCGGGAAUAUAACGCCAAGAGCACGUACCCGACACGUCAAGUGGCAGUGGUGUAGCACGGGGGGCAGUGGACAUCUGUCGGGUAGGGGCAUGAAGGUUCUAUCGCGGUACUGAAGAUUGAUGGAGGCCGAAAUAGGCUUAGAGAGAAAUAGGUUUGGGGAAACCGCGAUACAUACCAUGAUGCU